CCCCACCACGAAGCCCCAUCCCCUUUUCGCGCCGCGGCCCUGAGGCCACGCCCCCUCCUCCGACUCCUCCCUCUCCGCCACGUCAUACGCAGCGCCCCGCCCCUUUCCUCGCCCUCACUUCCGCUUCCGCUCGCUCCGGUGCGGCGGGCCCGCCGGAACCAGCAGCCGCUGCGCCUCCUCCUCUCCAACCCCACGGUGUCCCGGUUCUCCUCACUCGGUGUCCCGGUUCCCCCCCUACUCGGUGUCCCGUUUCCCCCCCCCGCCCCGGUGCCUCCGGUGCCCCCGGGAUGUGGCACGAGGCCCGGAAGCACGAGCGCAAGCUGCGCGGGAUGAUGGUGGAUUACAAGAAACGGGCGGAACGGCGCCGCGAGUACUACGAGAAAAUCAAAAAGGACCCAGCGCAGUUUCUCCAGGUCCACGGUCGCGCCUGCAAAGUCCACCUGGAUUCGGCCGUCGCUCUGGCGGCCGAGAGCCCCGUUAAUAUGAUGCCCUGGCAAGGGGACACCAACAACAUGAUCGACCGAUUCGACGUACGGGCACAUCUGGAUCACAUCCCGCUCUACACACCCCCCCUGCUCAACCCCAUAUCCCCCGAGCAGGAGUCGGAUGAGAGGAAAUGCAACUACGAGCGGUACCGGGGGCUGGUGCAGAACGACUUCGCCGGCAUCUCGGAGGAGCAAUGUCUGUACCAGAUCUACAUCGACGAGCUCUACGGUGGCCUCCAAAAACCCAACGAGGACGAGAAGAAGAAGCUGGCGGAGAAGAAGGCGUCCAUCGGGUACACGUACGAGGACAGCACGGUGGCCGAGCUGGAGGGGGCGCCGGAGCCGCAGCCGCGCGGGGACGAGGACGACAGCGAGGAGGACAGCGAGGAGGACGAGGACGAGGUCAUCCCCGACAUCGACGUGGAGGUGGACGUGGACGAGCUGAACCAGGAGCAGGUCGCCGACCUCAACAAACAAGCCACCACCUACGGGAUGGCCGAGGGCGACUUCGUCAGGAUGUUGCGGAAGGACAAGGAGGAGGCGGAAGCCAUUAAGAACGCCAAAGCGCUGGAGGAGGAGAAAGCCAUGUACUCGGGCCGUCGCUCUCGCCGCCAGCGCAGGGAAUUCCGGGAGAAACGCCUGAAAGGGAGGAAGAUCAGCCCCCCCAGCUACGCGCGCAGGGACAGCCCCACGUACGACCCCUACAAACGCUCUCCCUCGGAGUCCAGCUCGGAAUCUCGCUCGCGGUCGCGGACGCCGUCGCCGGGUCACGAGGAGAAAAUCACCUUCAUCACCAGCUUCGGCGGCAGCGACGAGGAGGCGGCGGCGGCUUCGGCGGCGCAAACCGGCGGCGGCACCGCCAACCCCGGCAAAACCGCCGCCGCGCCGGGCCGGCAGCGCUCGGUGCCACCGGGCAGCGCGGGGCGGCGCGCCGCGUCCCGGCGCCGCUCUUCAUCCUCGUCUUCCUCCCCAUCCUCCUCCUCCUCGUCGUCCCGGUCCAGCUCCAGCUCCCGGUGUCGCCGCGGUUGCCGCCGGCCCGGCCGGUACCGGCGCUCGCGCUCCCGCCGCUCCGCUCCUGGUCCCGCUGUCGCCGCGAGGGGCGCCGGCGCUCGCCGCUCCUACAGCCCCGACCGGGGGGGGCACCGCUACGGCCCCCGGCGCCGCUCACGGUCCCGCUCCCGCUCCACCGACCGUUCCCGCCGGGGGGGUCCCCGCAGCAGCCCCCGCAGCAGCAGCACCCGCAGCAGCACCCGCAGCCGCUCGCCCUCCCCGGACCCGCCACCCGCAGCACCCGCCGUGGGGGACAAACUGAAAAAGGCUGAAUCUGCCGCUGGUAAAGAGACGGGAGCUGCCAAAGUCAGUAAGAAUUUAACCUGCCCUUUAAUUGGCAUCGCCGGGACACCGAGGUGCCCCCCAUUGUGUCCCCUUGUGUCCCCUCCCCCCGCCACUUUGUCACCCUGUGGAGCUUGGGGGGGGGGUUGGGUGGCCCUGGGUGUCACCUCCUGGGGUGGCCCCAUGGCCCCGGGGUUUGGCCCCAUGGGUGACUCAUGUGUCACUGUCACCAUAGGGACAACCGGACCCCAUAGGAGGUCACCCACGUGUCACUGUCACCAUAGGGACAGCUGGACCCUAUAGGGGGUCACAAGGGUGUCACUAUCACCAUAGGGACAGCCAGACCCCAUAGGGGGUGACCCACGUGUCACUGUCACCGCAGGACCCCAUUGGGGUCACCAACAUGUCACUGUCACCAUAGGGACAGCCAGACCCUAUAGGGGGUGACCUAUGUGUCACUGUCACCACAGGAUCCCAAUUGGGGUCACCAACAUGUCACUGUCACCAUAGGGACAGCCAGACCCUAUAGGGAGUCACAAGGGUGUCACUAUCACCGUAGGGACAGCCAGACCCCAUAGGGGGUGACCUAUGUGUCACUGUCACCGCAAGACCCCAUUGGGGUCACCAACAUGUCACUGUCACCAUAGGGACAGCCAGACCCCAUAGGGGGUGACCAAUGUGUCACUGUCACCACAGGAUCCCAUUGGGGUCACCAACAUGUCACUGUCACCAUAGGGACAGCCAGACCCCAUAGGGGGUGACCCACGUGUCACUGUCACCGCAGGACCCCAUUGGGGUCACCCCACAUGUCACUGUCACCAUAGGGACAGCCGGACCCUAUAGGGGGUCACAAGGGUGUCACUAUCACCAUAGGGACAGCCAGACCCCAUAGGGGGCGACCUAUGUGUCACUGUCACCGCAAGACCCCAUUGGGGUCACCAACAUGUCACUGUCACCAUAGGGACAGCCAGACCCUAUAGGGGGUGACCUAUGUGUCACUGUCACCACAGGAUCCCAUUGGGGUCACCAACAUGUCACUGUCACCAUAGGGGACAGCCAGACCCUAUAGGGGGUCACAAGGGUGUCACUAUCACCAUAGGGACAGCCAGACCCCAUAGGGGGUGACCUAUGUGUCACUGUCACCACAGGAUCCCAUUGGGGGUCACCAACAUGUCACUGUCACCAUAGGGACAGCCAGACCCUAUAGGGGGUCACCCACAUGUCACCAUCACCAGAGGACCCUAGAGGGGGUGACCCAUGUGUCACCAUCACCAUAGGGACAAUUGGACCCCAUAGGGGGUGACCCACGUGUCACUGUCACCAUAGGGACAAUUGGACCCCAUAGGCGGUGACCCAUGUGUCACUGUCACCAUAGGGACAAUUGGACCCCAUAGGGGGUGACCCAUGUGUCACUGUCACCAUAGUGACAAUUGGACCCCAUAGGGGGUGACCCACGUGUCACUGUCACCAUAGGGACAAUUGGACCCCAUAGGGGGUGACCCACGUGUCACUGUCACCAUAGGGACAAUCGGACCCCAUAGGGGGUGACCCACGUGUCACUGUCACCAUAGGGACAAUUGGACCCCAUAGGGGGUGACCCACGUGUCACUGUCACCGUAGGGACAAUCGGACCCCAUAGGGGGUGACCCACGUGUCACUGUCACCAUAGUGACAAUUGGACCCCAUAGGGGGUGACCCACGUGUCACUGUCACCAUAGGGACAAUUGGACCCCAUAGGGGGUGACCCCACAUGUCACUGUCACCAUAGUGACAAUUGGACCCCAUAGGGGGUGACCCACGUGUCACUGUCACCAUAGGGACAAUUGGACCCCAUAGGGGGUGACCCACGUGUCACUGUCACCAUAGGGACAAUCGGACCCCAUAGGGGGUGACCCACGUGUCACUGUCACCAUAGGGACAAUUGGACCCCAUAGGGGGUGACCCACGUGUCACUGUCACCAUAGGGACAAUCGGACCCCAUAGGGGGGUGACCCACGUGUCACCGUCACCAUAGGGACAAUUGGACCCCAUAGGGGGUGACCCACGUGUCACUGUCACCAUAGGGACAAUUGGACCCCAUAGGGGGUGACCCAUGUGUCACCGUCACCAUAGGGACAAUUAGACCCCAUAGGGGGUGACCCACGUGUCACUGUCACCAUAGGGACAAUUGGACCCCAUAGGGGAUGACCCACGUGUCACUGUCACCAUAGGGACAAUUGGACCCCAUAGGGGAUGACCCACGUGUCACUGUCACCAUAGGGACAAUUGGACCCCAUAGGGGGUGACCCACGUGUCGCUGUCACCGCAGGGACAGCCAGACCCCUGGGGGGGUUGCAGAGGUGUCAUUGUCACCGCGGGGUGGUGGGGGGAGCCCGGGGAGCUGCACCGUGUCCCCGUGUCCCCCCCGUGUCACACGCCGUCCCCCCCGUUCCCUUUGCAGCCCAAACUGACCCCCCAGGAGAAGCUGAAGCUGAGGAUG